AUGAGUGAGGAGGAGGGGUUUUCGCCCUCCCAAAAAUCCCAGACAGGGCAAGAACAUCCUUCAGCUUCUUUACACAAGCUCGCCAACAGGAAGCCAUUGCUUCAACCCGUCCCUCCACGCAGGCCCCCCCUCUCUCUCCUCUUGUCUCCUGUGUCUCCUCUUCCCUCCCAUCCGGCUGCAGGGGCAGGUCUUCCUCGUCGUGUCGGAUGCUUCCUUCCCCAUUCCACUCACCGAUCUGCAUGUCACGUUGGACCACAUGCUGACUGGUGCAGCGAAUGGUUUGAUGAUACGGAGGGCGGUAAUGGGCCGUGGAGUCUUUUCCCGCCCGGUUCCUACAAGAAAUGCCCUAGUCCUGCGACUAGUCGCCUAGUCUUGCUAGUCUACGGACCUGACGGAGGAGGCUGCGACGAAGAGUCCACCCGUGCUGCCUCUGGGCUUCAGUCAGGGCUUCCCUCCUUUCUUUCCUUUCCCACCCCUCUUGUCAUGAUGGCUGCCAAGCCCACUUCGGGCUUCCGGCGACCUUCUAGAAAGAGCUCGGAAGGGCAAUGGAAGGCUUCUAAAGCGUCUUUUUUUCCCCUCUUCUCUCCCCUUCUGUCCCCCCCAUGUGCCAUUGCGGCUGCGUCACCCACCUUGGGCCGAUGGUGGCCCUUGUCUCUCCCUCCUGGCGCUCGUGUCACAUCCCUGAGUGGAAGAUCCCACGACAACGCACAACGGACUUGGACAUAG